CAAUUAUCCAAUCAGCUGGUAGAGAAACUGCCAGUCAUUGUUGUUUAGAAACAAUCUGUUCGGAAUAACUUCAGUAUCUCUAGUGUUGCUGUGAAUUUCUGUCCAAUGGCGGGCAUUUUGACAACAUCGUUGCUUUCUUUAAGUUUCGUUUUCGUAACUUUGAUAUUCAUUUUCUACCUAUUCGUCAAAUCCCUUUACACAUACUUUGAAAAAAGAAACAUCCCUUACGACAAACCAACCUUCCCAUUCGGGAGUUUCUAUUCAUGCGCUCUUUUGAAGAAAUCUUUCGCAACAGUUAUAUCUGACGUUUACUUCAAAUACAAAAAACACAAAUUAGUGGGCUUUUACUCCUUUUGGAAAAAACAAAUCCUCAUAGCUGACCCUGAAAUAAUAAAGAACAUUCUGGUCAAGGACUUUGACGUGUUUGCCGAUAGAGGUGUUUACUACAAUAAACAGAAAGAUCCGUUGUCAGCUCACUUGUUCGCUCUGGACGGCAAAGAAUGGAAACCUCUUCGAGUCAAGAUUACUCCAACCUUCACAUCGGGGAAGAUCAAAGGCAUGUUCAACACAAUUGCGAACUGCGCGGAGGAAAUGAACACCUACGUUGAAACUAAAAUGUCCCAGAAUAAGGCUGUGGAUGUUUUAAAGGCAUUCUCUAGGUACGGACUGGCUGUGAUAGCCAAUAUUGGUUUUGGACUGGAUAGUGACGCUCUGAAGAACGACGACUCCUCCUUUGUGAAGAUGGUCUACAGGAUGUUGGAGCCUACGGUGGAGAGGUUUGCAGCGUUCAUGUUGGCAUUCAAUGAGAACCUUGCCAAGAUGCUUGAUGCGCGAGUGACGCCAAAAGUUGUGUCAGACUUCUUCCUUGGGAUGGUCUCUGAGACAAUCAAGUACCGAGAGACAAGCCAUGUAGUCAGGAACGACUACCUUCAACUGCUUCUACAGCUGAGGGAGUCUGGCCUCACGAAUGAGGAAGGGGAAGGCUAUAACUUCACCAAUGAAGAGAUAGCAGCGCAGUCCUUCGUGUUUAUCCUUGCUGGGUCUGAGACUACUUCAGCGACGCUGAGUUUCUGUCUGUACGAGCUCGCGCUGAACAAGUCAGUGCUGCACACGCUGCUGACGGAAGUCGACUCUCUUACAUCAAUCACAUACGAUAGCAUCAACUCUCUGCCGUACUUGGACAUGGUUAUUGACGAAACCUUACGCAAGUAUCCGCCUCUAGGCUUCCUCAAUCGUGUGUGUUCCCGCGACUACUACGUACCUCAGGCUGACACCACCAUUGAGGCGGGAACACAGGUCUUCAUCUCCAUACAGGGUCUUCACAACGAUCCCACUUUCUUUCCUGAACCAGACAAAUUCAAUCCAGAAAGAUUUAGCAAAGAAAACAGAGAGAAAAUAAAACAGUACACCUACAUGCCAUUUGGAGAAGGCCCACGCUUCUGCAUAGGUAUGAGGUUCGCCAAGGUGACGGUCAAGACGGCAUUGGUGACUCUUCUCAGGCGAUUCCAGUUCCGAUUGGACGCAAAUGUUCCGAUUCCAUCUAAAAUUGAGCCCAGAACUGUCAUCACACUUCCGGCGGGAGGUAUGUCGGUCAUACUGGAACCUCGAUCAGCUGUUUUGACUGGCAGAGCGUAAAUCUAGAACUCAGGAUAAAAUCAGAAAAUUUCCUUAAGAUUUACCGUUGACUUUUGGUUACAGAAGUAGACACCCCAUCUAUAUGGAUCAGUUGUAGACAAUGUUUUAUUCAAUAAGUACAUAAUUGA